CUUGGCGCCAACCAAACAUUAAUUCGAUUUGCAGGUGAAUUUGUUAUAAGUGUGACAAAGUGUCGCGUAUAUUGGUGGCGGGAACAAUACAAUUAGUGAGUAAUCUAUUAUCUAUAUUAUAUGUGUUACCUGUUUUUCUGCAUUCAUAUAAAUUACUUUUAUAUUAGGCCUAUAGUUUGUUGUUUUUGUUGUAUUGCUUGUAUACAUGAUCUGUUCAACUUACAUAUGAGAGUGUGUAUUCAUUGUAUCUUUUCUUUAAGGUAAACAUAAUUAAACUAGAAUGACAAUGUUUUCGUAUCACCGUUACUUUUACAGCUGCAUAGAUUACAUAGUUGUUUGUAUACGCACUCUGUGGUCAUGAGAGUUAAAUGUCAGUUAGAGGUUGUAAAUCAUAGUGUUGCAUCUCAAGGCAUGCGUGGAGGUUGUGGUAAAGCUGCUCAAGCUACGCUUUUUCUUGCAAGAAAGCCAGGAGAUAUCAUAUUCCUUAUGUAUUGCACAACUAAGAACAAACAAGGAGUGAAGUACAAAGUGCAUAACAACGUUCAGCAGAUGUUUACCAAAUGUAUUUCAGAAGGCAAAGCAACUAUUCGGCUUAAAGACCCAACUGUGGACCUUUGUGUAAAAAAGGCGAAUCCAGUUGACCUAAAACGAAUUUUAAAUGCACUAAAAAUGGCACACAAAGGAGAGAAUAUAUCUGGCCAUUUGGUAUUGUCUUCUAUGGCUCCUGCAACCACAAAACAGGUGGAAAAAGUAAAGACCAAAAUGAUUAUAACGACUCGAAAAGAUUAUCCAGGCACAUCAAGUUUUCCUUCGUCACUUGAACGUUUAUCUGUGAACACCUGCAAUUUGGCCAGAGUGGAUGGAAGAUUAUUGAAACUAAAGUACCUAACAGCUCUUAAUCUUAGCAAUAAUAAAAUUAAAAGUCUUCCUGAGCAGUUAGCUCACAUGCCUAUGCUUUGUGAGUUGGAUGUAUCUCAUAAUGUUAUCAGUGAUUUUCAAAUGGAGUUGUGCAAUUCAAAUUUGCCUUUAUGCAAACAGCUUAAGAACUUAAACUUGUCGCACAAUAACAUUCAACAACUGCCCGCUUGUUUCUUCGAAUUAUCAGAGUUAUGGUCUUUAAAUAUAAGCCAUAACCAGAUCAAAAUCCUUCCAAAACAAAUGGGAAAAUUAAAAAAACUUGCAAAACUAAAUGCCUCUCAUAACCAAUUAAAAUUUUUACCUUUUUCCAUUACUUUUCUCUGUUUAGAAAACUUGGAUUUGUACAUGAACCCUUUUACCAACCAAUUUGCACCUCCAAAUUUACCUGAAAGACGUUUAAUUUUCAACAGUCCCCUAUCUUUGCUUGAAAUAUGUGCAAGAAAUAUCAGGCAAUAUAAUACGUUUUAUGAUAAUUAUGAAUAUGUCCCAUAUAUCUUAAUAAAGUAUUUGGACAAUGGUAAACAAUGCCAGUGCGGCAGUUUCUGUUUUUCUAGCUUUGUUCAAUUUUUUACAUAUUACAAUUUGCGCUCAAUCACACAAAGCUUAGUGGGCUUGGAUACUGGAGGAGGUACCACUGCUCCUGUUUGUGCUGUUAUUUGUUCUAAUGAUUGCUUAAACAAGUAUGUACCACAAGCUCUUCUUUAAAUUGUUUUUUUACUCUAUUUAUUUUGCAUUGAAACAGUUUUUUAAUGGUGUGCUAAUAAAAAUUGUAUAUUUCUUAAAAA